CACAAAGCACAUCCUCAAUUUUUCACUUAUCAACAAUCUUUCAUAAUCUAUACUUCUAAAAACUUCAAGAUUUGAUGCAUAUUUCACUUUGGAAGCCCAUUCUUUCUCACUGUUCUUUUUUAGUUUUUGAUAAAAAGAACAGGAAAAAAGAUGGGCCUCAUCAUUCCAUUCAAGAAAUCAACAGAAAUCCAUCUGUACUUAGAAAAUUACAAGAAAAUAUACUCAAAGAUGCACUUGAACAAGCUUCUGAAGAUGGGUGUCUCAUUAAGUCUCGAAAUAUCGAUUCUUUAGAAUGUAUUGAUAUUCAAGAUAAGAGCUUGGGAAGAUCAAGAUCUUUAGCAACAUUACAAGCUCAAAAAGACUUCCUGCAGGCUACUUCUUUAGCUGCUGAAAGAAUAUUUGAGGUAAUAGAUUCAAUACCUGGAUUUAAUGAAGCGUUUUCGAAGUUUUUGACAAUGUAUCCCAAGUAUAAAUCUUCUGAAAAGAUUGAUCAGUUAAGAAUUGAUGAGUAUUCACAUUUGGCUGAAUCAUUUUCUAAGGUAUGUCUUGAUUAUUGUGGAUUCGGGUUGUUUUCGUUUUUACAAACUGUUAAUUCUUGGGAAUCUUCAACUAUUGGCUUAACUGAAAUAAGUGCAAGUUUAAGUAAUCAUGCUCUUUAUGGUGGUGGUGAGAUGGGAACAGUUGAACAUGAUAUAAAGACUAGGAUUAUGGAUUACUUGAACAUUCCUGAAAAUGAAUAUGGGCUUGUUUUUACUGUUAGUAGAGGUUCUGCUUUUAAACUUUUAGCUGAAUCGUACCCUUUUCAUACGAAUAAGAAGUUGUUAACAAUGUUUGAUCACGAGAGCCAGUCAGUUAAUUGGAUGGCUCAAAGCGCGAAAGAGAAAGGAGCAAAGGUUCAUAGUGCUUGGUUUAAAUGGCCUACACUUAACCCAUGUUCAGCCCAUCUUAAAAAAGUGAUUUUAAACAAGAAAAAGAGGCGAAAGGAUUCAGCUACUGGGCUUUUCGUGUUUCCUGUUCAGUCUAGAGUUACGGGUGCUAAGUAUUCGUAUCAGUGGAUGGCUAUGGCUCAACAAAACAAUUGGCAUGUGUUACUUGAUGCAGGUGCAUUGGGCCCGAAAGAUAUGGACUCACUCGGGUUAUCUUUGUUUAGGCCAGAUUUUAUUAUCACAUCUUUUUAUAGAGUUUUUGGGUUUGACCCAACUGGAUUCGGAUGUCUUCUUAUCAAGAAAUCGGUUAUUGGAAGCCUUCAUCACCAAUCUGGUCAUGCUGGUUCAGGUAUUGUGAAGAUUAGUCCUGUUUUUCCUCUUUACUCGGGUGAUUCCAUAGAUGGAAUUCCGGGUUUGAGUGGAGCUGAAGAUGUUGAAGUAGAUGGAAAAGGGGAAUGGGUAUCAGAAAGCCGGCCCAAAACUCAGUUACCGGCCUUUUCAGGUGUGUAUACUCCUUCUCAGGUGAGGGAUGUAUUUGAAACCGAAAUGGAUCAUGGUAACGGGUCAGAUAAAGACGGAGGCAGCUCUGCCUUUGAAGAAACAAGUACUUUUUCCAUUGGUGAGGUUAUGAAAAGUCCUGUUUUUAGUGAAGAUGAAUCAUCUGAUACUUCGGCAUGGAUUAGUUUGGGCCCAAGUCCUGUUUUAAACAGGAAUGUGAGUAAACUUCAAGUAGAAAAUGGAAGGAAUGUGGAGAGUCAAGAAAUAGAAGAAUGUGAAGCAAAUGUACCAAAUGGAAAUGGAAGCGCGCUUAUACAAAGAGAAACUGAAGGUGACUUCAGAUUACUUCAAGGAAGAGGAGAGAGUAAGCAGGUAUCGUUUAGAUUGGACAAAGACGAAAACUUUACAUUUUCUCAACCUCUAGAGUAUGAAGAUGAUGAUUACGAGGGGCUAGAAUUUGAAUCGGAUAGAAGGGAGCCCGAGAUUUCAUGUAGACAUCUUGAUCAUGUUAACAUGUCAGGUCUCAACAAGACCACUUCAAGGUUGCGUUUUUUGAUCAAUUGGCUUGUAACUUCGUUACUUCAACUGAGAUUACCGGGCUCAUACGGGUCAAUCCCACUGGUUCACAUUUACGGGCCCAAAAUAAAGUAUGAAAGGGGUGCAUCUGUGGCUUUUAAUGUUAGAAACAGAAGCAAGGGUCUAUACAGUCCUGAAAUCGUCCAAAAGUUAGCUGAAGCAAAUGGAAUUUCUGUUGGUGUAGGGAUACUUAGUCAUGUAAGGAUCAUACAUAACCAAGGGCCUAUUGAUCUUGCUGAUACAACCCUAUGCAGACCGAUGGACGGUGAGAAACAUAAUGGAGUUGGGUUUGUUCGAGCUGAGGUUGUCACUGCCUCUCUAGGCUUCUUGACUAACUUUGAAGAUGUGUACAAAUUAUGGGCUUUCGUCGCAAAGUUCCUCAAUCCAUCUUUUACUAGAGAGUGUGGACUUUCGUCUGUCGUUCAAGAUGAAAGCUAACGAUUUGUGCAGAAAAAAACAGCCUGUUUGGUGCACCAUUCGAUUUUAUUUUAUUUUUAUCUAGCAUACUCUUGGUGCAAGUGUGUAUUUUAUGAAGAGAAAGUUGUUAGGCUUGUUUGGUAUUUGGUAAGAGUUAGCUUAGAAGCUUUAUUCAUGAAGUUAAAACAGAAUAGAUUAUAUAUAUGAUGGGUUCACUAUGUAUUUGUAUACUGCUAUA